UGGGAGGGCGGUUGCGUCGCUGCUAUAAAACGGGGUCCCAAUUGGAAUGUGUAAUGAAGAGAGCGAGAGAGAGAGAGAGAGAGCGAGAAAGGAGCACGAAGGAAGCGUAAAAUUAGAUUAGAGGACAGGGGAUGCCUGUUGGAGAAACUACCAUUUGUAUUUGUGGACUACACACUUGGACAGCAUGUUAGUACUUCAAAUCUGAACAAGGGGUCUUUCAGUGUUGAAACUCUACUUUUAGUUUAAAAAAAAAAGUAUUGCAAGACAAAGAGUCCAAAUGAGAGAAAAGGUCAAACUCCAAGAAGAGGAAAUGAAGGACUUUGCACAGUCAGCAGAUGGAGGGGUCUCUCUGGGAAAAGCGUCUCUUGUCACCCGAUCUUUUCGAUUGAGGAAUGAAAUUGUUCGCGUGGGACUUGCCGAAACUCUUUGCACAUACGUGAUGAUGGUGUUUGGCCUCGGCUCAGUGGCGCAGGUCGUGACUGGACAAGGAGCAUUUGGACAUUACAUAAGCAUCAAUCUGGGUUUUGGGCUAGGUGUCGCGCUCGGGUGUCAUGUCGGAGGCAAAGUUUCAGGCGCUCACAUGAACGCGGCGGUGUCCUUCGCCAUGUGCGUGUAUGGCCGCCUGGCGUGGAAGAUGCUGCCGCUCUACUUUUUGUCACAGCUGCUGGGGUCCUUUUUAGCCGCGGGGUCGGUUUACGCUGUGUAUUAUGAGGCAAUACAUGACUAUUGUGGAGGGAAUCUGACUGCCACCGGUGCCAAGGCUACCGCUGCUAUCUUUGCCACCUAUCCGGCCCCCUACCUCUCCUUGUUGGGGGGAUUCAUUGACCAAGUAUUUGGUACAGCGAUGCUUCUGCUGUGCCUGAUGGCUUUGUCCGACCAGAAAAACAAACCGGCUGAAGCAGGCAGCAAGUCAACUCUCGUGGGUCUCCUGGUGCUCUUAAUCGGCAUUUCUCUGGGCAGCAACAGCGGUUACGCAAUCAACCCCACCAGAGACCUCGGACCGAGGCUCUUCACAGCCGUUGCCGGCUGGGGGCUUGACGUGUUCAGGGCUGGAAACGGUUGGUGGUGGGUGCCCGUUAUUGCCCCGAUGAUCGGAGGCGUGCUGGGCGGGGGGCUCUACAAGCUCUUGGUGGAACUUCACCAUCCUCCAUGCUCGGAAAAUUGUGCUGGAUCCAUUAAAACCUUAGAGGAGACGGCACAAAACGACACUGAAUUGCGUGUGUGAACGGUUCCCCAGCUGCUAAGGUGUUUGGAACACGUCAAGCUGUAGUCGACACAUUCCAAGGUUGUUCCGAUUGGACGACUUGCGUGUAUGUAUCUUGGUGACUCGGUUACAAUUUGCAUAUUUGAUUCAAAAGUAGCUGGUCUAACUUUGGUGUAACUGCUUGUUUAACUGUAUUACAAUCCUACCUCCUUUCAGAGACUAACAUCGUAACUUUAAUUUGAUGCAGAGAAAAAUACGUGCUCAUCGAUUAUUCAUUCAGGCAAUCAGCAGGGCAAAACGUUGAAAACACGACCUUGAUGUUGGAACGGCUUGAAAACCACCUGAGCCUUAAAGUUGAGCCAAGAAGUCUUAUCGGACGUUUGCAGCCGCAUUCUCGGGGGCAUUACACUUCCAAGCGAAUAAUCAGAUAUCUUCGACGUGAAUCCUUGGGGCAAGUAUUUAUUAAAGGAAAGAUGACUUCACUUUUUCGAUAGAUUUAUGAACGGUGGCGCCUGAAAUAUUGAAAAUCUGACACCGUGAGGUUCACGAUGUCAGGUGUUGAUCCACGUCAUUCAAGGAAAAGCAGCCACCUUUGAUGUUCAAUUCUCACAAUACUUCAUAGUUGGCAGUCAAAACAAAUUAAAACUUGAGCCUUUAAAUAUAAAUAUGCAAAAAAAGUAAUCCGGCGAGCACUUGCGUCACUCAUGAUUCUCUGAAAUGAAACUGUGAGCGUUGACACUCGUGACAGAGCCUCAGUCCAACAAUUUAGUUCUUCACUACUGCCUGAGAAUACUGACAGGAGAACCUGUCGAAAAAAAUAUCAUCGGCGAGCCGACGUUGUUUCAUCGUUUGGCGACGCCAGGUCUUCCGCUGCUGCCUGGGCUUUUGGCAGUGCUCGCUAGGCUGCACGGUGUGGACGGCUUCUUCUUUGGAGUGGGCACCUUAGCUUUGGCUUUAAACGCCUUUGUGGGAUCUAACUUGUUGAGGUGCAAGUCUCCAGCCGAAGCGGUCAGGCUGAGCUCACUUCUGAAGGUCAGCGGCUGGUACAGCGAUGCCCACUGCUGAAGAGAAAACACGUGUUAGAGACUUAACGCAAAAACAAAUGGGAAAAUGAAAUCAGGUGACAUUUUGAUUCUUGAACGCAAAUCAUUUGUGUGUGUGUGUGUGUGUUCUUUGAAUGUUGUCGUACUUGAGUUUUAAUCUACAAUCACUGCACUCAUGCGAAUGUCAAAAAAUAAAAGCGUACCUCAAUUGA